GUAGAACGAUAGAGUAUGGUAGCAAGUGAUGCAUCAGCGGUGCCACCCUCGUUAGUUUUAAAUUCUGCAUUUUGUGUCUCAAAGGUAACGACAACCCGUACCGUCAAAUCGACAAGUUCCGGAAGCAAUAACGGUCCGAAGCCCAGUGUUGACAAUCUAGAGCAAAUCUGGGACGAAUCCGUGCUGAAACAACUGUUGGACUCAUCGACAAACUACGAGGAGCGCCGUAAGAUCCGUGCCCGCCUACGACAAAUCAUGGCUGAAAAAGAAGCUUGUGCCGACAUCGUAGCCAGCGUUACGGCCGAUCUGCAACGCGAGCGCCAACUACAGCAUCAAAAGAGCAACGAUUCCGGUAGCAAUAGUAUACAGGGUGAGUCGCUCUUGCUGCCUCUGCUGCAGGGCAUUUUGUUGCACAAACCGGGCCCCAUUGUUAGUGGUGGUGGUGUUGGUGGACCAAUCCCUGGACAGAGGGGUCUCAGUAACGGUGGCAUCGCUACCCUUUCGAUUCCUCCGGUCGAAGAUUCCGGCACCGAGUCCGGUGAAGAUUUACGGCUCCUAGCGGCCGGAUUGCAUGACAAUAUUGAAAUGUAUCGUGGUCUUGGUGUCGGUACCGGUAGUAGUAAUGUUAGUGGUGAUGGUAGUAGCAUUAGUAAUGGUAGACCCCAAGAUCAAAACGGGGAUAGUGUAUUGCAUGAAGUUACAGCAGCCCUUCAAAGGCUCCAACUUUCUCUACGGGAUGGAAAAAACAUAAACCUCGAGGCAAACAAACGUAACGCCCUGCUUACUCUUGUCUGCCGACUUCAAACGGGACUCAUGCAACCGGACAAAAUCCCCGAACAAGUCUCCCCCGUCGAAGAACUGAUCGACGACAAGGACGACAAAGUCGACUAUAACCAAGCUCGACGUGGCAGCGCCAGAUUCGCUAAACGACGCAAUCGAAACAACAGACACACUGUAGGAGUCAGUCGUGAAGAGCUUGCCGACGCACGACGAUUCAUCGAAGAAAUCGGUCGUAUGUCCUCCCACUCUCACUCAGCAACCCCUGAGAUGUCCAAAACUCCCGAAAUUCCUCCCGCUUCCAACGUCCUUAAAAAACAGCCUUCCCUUGGAACUGUACUCCCUAGCAAUGCAAACCCCACGAUAGCACCAGCAGCGACCUUCGCAAUGAAGCGUCCAAGCCAAUUUGUACCCAAAGAAAUUCAGACACCUCUUAAGCCUGCGCUCAAAUCAAACGACCCUGCACCGACGCCGGUUAGUCGCAAGUCCAAACAGAAACUUUUCCGUCAAUCGCAAAGCCUCGAUCAAUCCACGACCAAUGGACACGAGCUCAUCGCCGCUUCACAACACAAACCAAUCGACGUUAAACCCUCGCAACAAACCUCCAGCAAAGUUGAUCCCUUCAAGAAACCAACACAAACUGCUGCCCAACGAGCUCUGGUCAAGAAAUACUCCUUCAACGAUGGGUCAACUUCCGAUGAGGACGAACCUCGCAAGAAUGCCGAACAAGUCGUUCUGCAGAAGAAUCCACCCAAGAAUACUACGGUCAUCAACACCGUACAGAAAAUGGUCAAUCGCGAGGUGAAGCAGGAACCCCAAAAAGCAACUUCUUCGACGAGAAAAUCUGAAGUACGCGAAACUGUUCAUCCGGUUGGAGACGGAAACAAACCCUUGAAUAAAUACACUUCCAAGAAACUCCGUAUGAAGCGGGCAAAUACCAUUGAUCUUCCUAAAAAUCUACUCAAUAAUGGUGCUGCUAGCGACGACGAUUCAGAAGAUGAACGUCGCUCUCGAGAAUGCCCACGGGAAGUAAAAGCCAAGACUCCGGUCUCAACAACCGUCAAACCAGUUGUAGAGGUGCCGGAUUUCAGGCCAAAAACCGAGAACGAUUUAAAGUUCAUGGCCUUCAUCCAGAAACAAAAUCAACCUGCAAAGCAGGUUUGGAACACAUCGUUGAAAGACAGCCAUGGUUCCCAGAACUGGACCAGUAAAUUCGACCAUUUGAAAAAGAACUUCGAAUCGACGGAAAAGUUAAACCAAAUCGCUUCACCUGUGAAAUCGGCUCCAAAAACUUCAGCCAUGAAUUUUUGGAAGAAAGCGGAAAGUUCAUCUUUCGAUGAACCCCAUCCAGUUGCCCCGCCCAGACGGGAUUCCUCCAGACCUCCCAAACCUCUUUCGCAAUCCCAGAUUACAAGUAAUGCGGCCUCAAAAGCUCCAGUUCAACCUAAGCUGCCACCAAAAUCCGGUGGCAUUGUCUAUCAACCUCCUCCUCUUCCAACCAAACCAAAACCGGCUACUCAACCCGUUCCUCGAUCCCCGGCUCAAAGUCAUACUACUCCUAGAACCCCAACAGCCAUGUCUCCUCCGACCCAAUUUACCCACGCUCCAACUUCCGCCUUCAAACCGAUACCCAAAAAGCUUCCUCCAGCAAACCUUGAUUUCAAACCUGUCCAUCCGGAGCCAGAAAUCAUCAAAGCUAUUCCGGCAAACAUCUCCAAUGGCCUUGUAAAACAAAUCGUGGCAUCCGGGUUCAAAGAAACACCCGAAGUUAAAACGGAACAGCCCCAGAUACAGCUAGGCUUAGUCAAAUCGAUAGCCGCUGCCGGUUUCCACGAAACUCCUUUCAUCCCAGCGCCGAAGCUAGAACGAACUCCUACGCAACUGGUCCUCAACUAUCAAGCCGUACCGGAGCGGGCCGAAUCGCCACCACCAGCUGCACCAUGGGCCGGUAAGAAACAGUCCGAUGGAAACAGCCGAGUAGCGAACAUUGCCUCCUCUAGGUUUGCUGCCAAUCAGUUUGGAUUGCAUAAGGGAGCUCUUCCGACCCAACCACAGCUCACUUAUCAGGGGUCCCUAAAAUACGCUGAAAAGCCUUUGAGUUUCCAGAUUCCGGAGCGGAACCAGGAGAAAAGACCUUCUCUGCCGGAUGUCGGAGUCUUUAGACCUCAACCUAAACAGGACUUUGUAGCGUACACUUCCACAGAUUACACCCAACCGGAAUCUAUCUCCACUUUCACGUUAAAUCGAAGUGACUCACUGACAAACCCGGAAAACCAACCCCUUGUUUUGACCAGUACCAACUCAAUCUACAGUCCUUCAAAUGUGCAGUACGCACCCCAGCAUUUGAAUCACACACCUCAGCUGAAUUACCUCACGGUGAACGACCAGCACAGUUUGACUUCUCUGUCCCCCAAAUGUAUCGACGAGGACGACAUCGAAUCAUUGGAUUCGCAAGAAAUGCGGGUCGUGGCCAGAGUCAUGCAAGCACCGGUUGGUCAGCAGGCUAGCUAUAGUAACAACAAACCGACCCAACUGAGCGGAAGUUCCGAGGGUCGGGGAUCUCUCAUGGCACAGAGUCUUCAAGGGUCGUUGAAAAAGAUCCAAGAUAAGAGUCCUACCCCUCCGAAGCGUUAUGUGACGGUUCCUAAGGGUGCCUCAAAAGGACAAGAUUUGGGUAGUUUUUUGAUGGCGAAUCCAGUACACCGAACUGAAGCUUCGUUACAUGAUUCUACGGCUUUCAAUUUGCCCAAGGUUGAAGUCACUCCUCAAACACCGAUUGCUGCCAAGCCGCAGCCACAAUUCGCUGUACCUUCACAUGCCAUCUUCAACAAUGUUCAAGGGUUCCAUCAAGCUCGACCAGGGUACGAACCGCCUCGCCCAGGUCCAUUGGCUCGAACCGAUUCCUGGGUACGACUCAAUCAACAGCAACAGCAAACUAUGCCCAACAGCCUAAUGCGGGCGAAAUCAAGCCACACUCUAGCGGUACCUCACGCCAUGGAUGGAGGUUACGGAUCAGCUGCACCCUUGAGCGUUACCGAUAAGCAACGCACCAUGGAAGCCUAUUUUGCCGGUCAAAAGCCGGCCCUCAAUCCACUAGCUAGAACGGCAUCCAACCACAAUAUCCUCCGAGAUAAGAGCGGUAUGACCCAGAACGCCGUAAGACCUGUUUCAUACGCCAUGGGUCACAGCUAUAAUCCAGCGCAGUACAAUAUCAUGACCCCGCGUGCCAACGAACAGCCGAACUGGCAGUCCCAGUCAAUGUACGGAAACUCAUCGCUUCAACAGCGAAUGCCUCAGCAACAACAGCAGCAACAGCAACAGCAGUACUAUCAACCACCACUAGGAGGUGGAUUGUCUCGGAGCAGAACUAUGCCGCACAUACCACUGAACAAUCUGAGUCUCCUCGACGAAGACAACAUCGAGGACGCAUUUGACGAACUUUUGUCCCAAUCGUUUGCAGUUUAACAGGCUAGCAGAG